CUCUCUCCCUCUCUCUCUCCCGCCUGGGCGCCCUGCCUCCAGCCCGCUCCAUUCCCUCCGCUCCGGGGCUCAGAGUGGGGCUGCCGCUUCUUCCUUCCUUGCUUGCUCCAGCUCCUCCUGGGCCCUCGGCCUCCCUUGGCCUGCCAAGCUGGCCUCGCCUUCGCCUUCCUCGCCCUCCGUCGCCGAGGACGACGAAGCCACCGCUGCCGUCGCCGUCGCCGCCGCCAUGGAGCCCGGCGAGGAGGAGGAGGCCCCGGGCGGCUCCAGCGAGAAGAAAAGGAUUAGUUCAGAACGCAGAAAGGAGAAGUCUCGAGAUGCCGCCAGAUGCCGGAGAAGUAAAGAGUCGGAGGUCUUCUAUGAACUUGCUCACCAGUUACCUCUGCCCCAUCAAGUGAGCGCACAUCUCGACAAAGCCUCCAUUAUGCGGUUAACAAUCAGCUACCUACGGAUGAGAAAACUGCUGGAUUCCGGUGACCUGGAGGCAGAAGCUGAAAUGGAGACACAGCUGAAUUGCUUUUACCUAAAAGCUCUUGACGGAUUUGUCAUGGUUCUCUCAGAGGAUGGUGACAUGAUUUACAUGUCUGAAAAUGUGAACAAGUGUAUGGGACUCACACAGUUUGACCUGACUGGACACAGUGUGUUUGAUUUCACUCAUCCGUGUGACCACGAAGAGCUGAGAGAGAUGCUCACCCACCGGAAUGUCCCCUUGGACAGCAAAACAUCCAGCCGCCACAGCCUGACUGAAUUUUCAUACUGUGAUGAAAGAAUUACAGAGCUGAUAGGGUAUGACCCCGAAGAGCUCCUGGGUCGCUCCAUAUAUGAAUACUACCAUGCCCUAGACUCUGAUCAUCUGACCAAAACACAUCAUGAUAUGUUUGCUAAAGGGCAAGUGACAACCGGGCAGUACAGAAUGCUUGCCAAGCAAGGGGGCUACGUCUGGGUUGAGACUCAAGCAACUGUUAUCUACAACACCAAGAAUUCCCAGCCACAGUGUAUAGUGUGUGUGAAUUACGUUUUAAGUGGCGUUGUUCAGGGGGACUUGAUUUUUUCACUCCAGCAAACAGAGUGUAUGUUGAAACCGGUAGAUUCUCCUGAGAUGGGUGUGAUCAAAAUACUUGACAAGACUGAACUGGAAGAUAGCAACAGCCUCUUUGAGAAACUGAAGAAGGAGCCAGAUGCAUUAACCUACCUUGCUCCUGCGGCUGGAGACACCAUAAUUGCAUUAGAUUUCGGCAAUGAUGAGACUGAUGAGCAACAGUUUGAUGACGUUCCUUUGUAUAAUGAUGUAAUGCUCCCCUCAUCCAGUGAGAAAUUGCAGAGUAUAAAUUUGGCCAUGUCCCCACUACCUGCUUCUGAAGCUACAAAACUGCUCCGUAGCAAUGCUGACCCAGCACUUAAUAGAGAGGUGGUGUCUAAGCUGGAGUCCAGCACAGAGCCUUUAGAUCUUGCUUUCUCCACUCGUCGGACGCAAGACCAGCCGGCCACUCCUUCCGACGGAAGCACCAGCCAAAGCUCACCUGAGCCCAGUAGUACUCCUAAUGACUACUGUUUUGAUGUGGAUAAUGAGAUGGCCAGCGAAUUCAAGUUGGAGCUGGUGGAAAAGCUCUUUGCAAUAGAUCCAGAGUCAAAAAAACCAUUCUCUACACAGGAAACUGAUUUGGAUUUGGAAAUGUUGGCUCCAUACAUCCCCAUGGAUGAUGAUUUCCAGCUACGCUCCUUUGACCAGCUUUCUCCACUAGAGAACAGUUCUGCGAACCCUCCUUCCAAUGGGGCCACUGUCACAGAAUUUCAGUCAGCUCCAGUUCCAUUGCAUACCACAGAAAAGAUAAAGCCUGUGACAAUCAAACAUGAAGAGGACUCAAAGGCCCUCACGGCUCCCAUUCACAUCACCCUUGAAAUGAACAAUGCCCCAGCAUUGCCCUACACUGAGAACCGAAGUCGAACGACAUCCCCAGUCAGAACAGGAAAAGGCACGCCGGAGCAAAAAGAGACAUCAAGUCCAGGGACGCCAAACUUAUUAACUGUCACGUUGGGUAAAAGUCGAUCAACUACAACAAACGAAGAGCUCAACCCAAAGAUAAUAGCUCUGCAUAAUAUUCAGAGGAAGAGAAAGAUGGAACAGGACAGCUUACUUUUCCAAGCAGUAGGAAUUGGCACAUUAUUGGCGCAGUCCAGCACUCCUGGAACAAAUGUAUCACUGGCUUGGAAACGUGUAAAAGGAUGCAAACCUAAUGGACAGAAUGAGGUGGCGGAGAAGACAGUCAUUUUAUUACCAUCAGAUAUAGCAAGUAAACUUCUAGGGCAGUCAAUGGAUGAGAAGGGACUUCCACAGCUUACCAGCUAUGACUGUGAAGUGAAUGCACCCAUACAAGGCAACAGAAACCUGCUACAAGGUGAAGAGUUGCUCAAAGCCCUGGAUCAAGUCAACUGAGCUCCCUCCACCACAACCCCUUCACAGUUGUUCGGUUUUCUUGGACACUGGUGAUUCACCACCUAAGAGCAGUCUAUUUAUAUUUUCUAUAUCUGGUUUUAGAAGCCUGGCUACAAAUACUGCACUAAUUCAGUUAGUUUGGUUCUGAUCCCCUUUCUACUUUGGACAGUCUUUUACUUAAAGAAAGUUAGGUAUUUUUUCUCUUUUUUUGAUGACAGUAACUCAGCUAAUGGUGCAAUUUUUGGUACAUUAAUAAAGUCCAGUACAUUUAGAACACGCUUGCAAUGGCAGCUUUGAAGUAGGCACCUUUUUUUUAAAUAAAAAGUAUUUAUUUUUUAUUUUGACAAGGGAUUUGUCAGUGAGAAAAAAUUUCUUAUUAAAUAACACACAGCCACAAUAAAAUUGUCUAAGCCUUCUGUUCUCUGCUUGAAGGCUUCUUGUGCUCUGUUGCUCUAUGAUGUUAAGCAAUUUUUUUACUUACUUUUACUCUCUUUUUUUUAGGGAAAAAAAGAAACAUGGCUUUGCAGCAGUGCAUUUGUAGCCACAAUCGCACAAUCUAUUUUCUUAAUAAAAUAAAUACAAAAUGCCAGCAGUUCCUCAUGCAAUAUAUUCUGCAUUUGUAAAGCUAGUUUUCAAGGACAUUUUCCCUUUUUUCCCUAUUUUUUUAUGUUGAUAGCCUGUGAAAUCAUGUAGACAUUUUGGAGUAAUGCUCUCUUUUUGUCAUGUUGUACUGUGGGAGAAUUCUUAAGUGCUGUGAUAAUGCCCAGGCAUGGUUAGGGGAAAAGAAAGAUUCGAUCUUGAGAGGCUAGCAAGCCUCUAGGGGAAAAGAGAUGUUGGAGGAAGGGGGAUGGUUAUAAUUUGGAAUAGUUCUGGAGAAAGCAAAGAUACAUUUCCCCCUCUCUUUACAGUACUUGCAAUCUCCCAAUAAUGUUGAUUUCAGAAUGGACAAAAAAAAGCAAUUCUUCACACAAUGCAUUAAUUCACUGCCACAAUGUGGUGAAAGCCACUGGCUUAUAUAGCUUUUAAAAAGAUUAGACAAGGAGGAUAGGGCUAUGUUGUUAUGAUAGCUAGAUUGAUCCUCCAUGUUUGGAGGCAGUGUACCUCUGAAUACCAGUUUGCUGGGGGGCAAACAACAGGGAACAGCUGUUGCUUUCAUGCCCUGGUUGUGGGCUUCCUAGAAGCAUCUGGCUGGACUAGAUAGACCUUUGGUCUAAUCCAGGAGGGCUCUUCUUAAUGUUAUUUAUGUGGAUAAAUUCUCUUUAAAGGGAAAAUGUUUUCUUUUUUUAAUGUAUCAGUUGCUUUGUCCGCUCAGAGGGAAUUGUCCCCUGCCUAUAGCUGUGAAAGUUCCUGCUAAUAUUGUGUACCUAAUAACUGAAUCUAAAUGUCCCAAUUUCCCAAUGUUUGAUAGAGAUGAUAUUUCAAGCAAAUCAUAAAACAUCCUGCCUUGUUAGCAGAGUUGCCUAGUUUCAUCACUGAGUUGCUUGGUAAUAUUUAAUGUUUUGCAUUUUAUGCACCUUGUUGCUAUUAACAUUCAUGUGUUUGUUUUGUUUUGUUUCGUUAACCAUAGAUUUCAGUAAUGCUGAAUGUAUUUUAGGAACCUUUUUUAUUUAGGGAAUUUUUCACAAAAUAUCUUACUUUCCUUCUAUGUGCUGUAUAAUAAUUCUCCCCAUUCUUUCCCCCAUUUUUUGUGGUUGGAUCUAACACUAACUGUAUUGUUUUAUUACAUCAAUAAAAUAUAAGUGGACCAGG